CCCCAACGUUCAUUCUACCCCGAUCAGCCGAACUAGCUGGUUCUCUUCAUCCUUGGGAGAAUCACCAUCCACCAGAUAAGAAGAUAUCGAAGAUUGGCCGGAAAUCUAGAACCAAGGAAACAGUCCAACGGUGAACGGAAAGAUGAUGUGCGAUUGGGUGUGGUUACUCACUCUGUGCUCUCUCCUCAUGAUUGUCCAAUCUUUGCCAACAAAUCUGGGGGAAGAUACAAAAAAGACUGAACAAACGAUGAGACCGAAAUCUAAACGGGCGCAGGAAAUGUUGAUGUUCGGCAACCAACAGAAUCACCAACCGGAGAAUAAUCCGAGCUCAUCGUAUUCGUCCACCGCGGAGAAAAGAACUCUAGCUGCAUCAGGGUUAGGGGGAUUAAAAGCAGCUCUUAUCGAAGAAGAAAAACCCUCUCGUUCCAAUACGCCUAACAAUGCCUUCUAUGAGCGUAAAAAUUACGAUUAUGGCGCGGUAAACGAGCUGGGAUACGAAAUACCCCAGGUAUGGGAUAGUUCGCCCUAUUCUCGUUACUACACGAACGAAGAUCGUCGAAAAAGAUCGGAGAAAUCAGCGGUUGCAGGAUCAACAACCAUAAAACCAUCGACCACUUCGUUCCAGUCUCCAACAUCUACUCAGCAAUCUGUGCAGACGCAAGUGAAGAGAAACGUUCCCAUUUAUCAAGAACCACGAUUCAAGAGGGAAUUGGAUAUCGAUCCGGAAGACGUUUUGACUCUUCUCUCUUUGUGGGAAAACGAACGUCGUAAACGAAACUGGCAUAAAUAUAUGAACGAGGAAUACGAAAAUGUAGAUGACGAAGACAAUCUUCUCGAGGAAGAGGAUUCUCGAAACAUUAUUCCGUGGAUGGAUUCCUCGGUGUAUCCUCCUCGUCACUACAGCCUAGAUUCUUUGUCACCGUCUGACAUCGGAAUCAUUCGUACCCAUCCAUCCAGCUAUUAUGAACAAUACGAGAAUCAGUACGGGCAGCAGUACGAUACAUCUCAAUACGGCAGCCCUCAAUACGGUUUGGUUUAUCCUCAACAGACUUAUUACAGUGCUCCCGAGAAGAGGUUCAUGAUCUCCAGGAAACGGUCGCAGGCGUACGAUCCUUACUCCAACGCGGCUCAAUUUCAAUUAAGCUCCCAAUCGCGGGGAUACCCUUAUCAACACCGACUCGUCUAUUAAAUCGACAUUAAUUCGACGAAUGCACAAGUGAUCGAAAACGGCGUAUUAUAUCGAAAAAGGCGAAAGAUCCUAAUAAAUACAGCACGAGAAAGAGGGUAACGAACUGACGUUUUCGGACUCACGUAUACGAAACCGAAAUACAAAUUUUGCGCUUUCUUGGCGAACGUUCCCUCUCUAACGUUCUCUUCUUUUUUACUAUUCUGUCUUUUGUUUUUUUUGGUGAAUACGGCGAUACGUGCUCGAGAGGCGAACAAGAAAGACUACUUUUACUUUAAGAAAUACGGUGCUCAAAAAAAGACUCAUUCACAAGAUUUACAAGAGCCUGCUGAAAAGACAAUAGACCUCUUGAUUGAAACGUCCCUAUCGUUUGGCCAACAAUACAUCAUUUGGAAUAAAAAUUCAUAUUUUUUUUUUUUCGAAUUCCUUCGAAAACUAUUGCAAAAUUCAUAGAAUAUUUGAAGCUUCUGUGGUUUCUCAAUAUGCUUCUGUAUGUAUGUACUUUUUGCAAGAAAGGAAAAUCUCAAGGCUCCUCUCGCUCGCAAGAAAGGAAACAGAGUCUUGAAAGCGACGACUGAAAUCGUUGAAAUCGUAGUUACUCGAAUCAAAUUACCCUCAGGCUUGGUUCGCGAUUUCUCUGACUGAUUAAAAAAAAAAAAAAAAAAAAAAGGAAAAAAAAGAAAAAAGAAAAAAAAAGUAAGAAAAGAUGACGAAUAGAGUUCUUUUUUCAUGAGUUAGCUCGAAGAUAGAUGUAGCGGAAAUGGUAAUGAAACGAGAUAAUAAUCGAAAUGGAAAAAAAAAAAGGAAUGAUGAUUUAAUUCGAUGACAGUAGAUACAGUAGACGAUUUCCUAGGGAAUAUAGAACGAAAGACGAGGCUGAAGAAAUGUAGUUUUAUAACUUUUAUCAUUCGUUUCGCAUAUGGAUUGUUAUAUACAUAUACGUAAUAAUACAUUGACAAAAGGUGGUGACAAAGUGGUGACCGAAGUUCGAUCAAGCUUAUUCAUACAACUAUUUAUAUAUUUCAUCUCCCUUAAUUUAUUUUGCAAAAGGCAAGAGAGAAAUAUUACACACACACACACACACAUACAUAUACACAAAAAAUCAAUAAUAUCAAAGCACAGUGUAUAUUGAGUACUGAAAAUACCAGUUUAAAUCCAAUGUCGAUAUAGUCGGUGUUAAGAAUUACAACAACAUAUCUUCUAAUUGGCUUCUCACACUUUAUAUUCGAUUCGAUAAUCCCCUCAACCGCCCUUAUUACUUUAAACGUGAUCGUCAAUUAAUUUUUCUAGCCGUGUACAAACUAUAAUAAUUGUAACGUUUAUCGUCAAUGAAAUAUUGAAUGUCAACGCGUGUAUUUUGAUGACGUUCGCCUCUAUGGCCGAUUAAAUGAAACCCGAAGAUAAAAAAUUUCACGACUCGAUCAUAAAUCCAUUUCUGACCGAUAUUGCAAUAUUAUUACAUAUGUUAAAUUAUUAUUAAAAGACCUCAAAAUGACUCGAUUUAAAAAUAUUCUAAUAUUAAUUCGUGAAAAUAAUUAUAAUCGUUAGCAAGGACGUCGAGGGCGUGAAAUUUUUCAUUUUCAUUGCUGCGAAUGUAAAGUGUGAAAUACCAUUGUAUACCGAUAAUCCAUCGUCUUACCACUGUCUUAUCGAAAGAUAAAAAAAAAAAAAAAAGAAGAAAAAAGACAGAUAGGUAAAAAAAAAAAAAAAAGAGAAAAA